CAAGCGUGGCAGCAUCCCUGGUUCGAUACGUGUAUCGAUAUCAGUCUAGCGCUGUCAAUUAUUUACCUAUAUAUAUAUAUUUUGUCUCCCCAAAAUUAUAAAUUUAAACGCCCAAAGAGAGUUGUACACAAUAUUGCAAAGUGUACGAACAAAAAAAAAAACGCAUACAAAUGCUUGAAAAGCAUUGAUGAGCUGCAAUUAAAGCAGUGGAACGCCAUAUACAAAUGAAGGAGGCGGAGAGCUGCUGCGGCUCCAUUGACAACCCAACCCAAAAAGCAUAAGCGAGAGGAGUACAUACAUGUAAAAAGUAAAAAGGAAAGAAAAAAUACACCGAAAAUUUGUGUGUGUAACGAAAAAGUGUAGACUAUAAAUAUAUAACUAUAGUUGAGAAUACGUAUACAAUAGAACAAUUCGAUACAAUUUCUAACGAAUUUAAUUAAUCAACAAUGGAUACAGAGAGACCAAAUAGCCAAGAGACAAAAGUCAUUUAUCAUAUUGACGAUGAGAGCACACCGUAUUUGGUUAAAAUACUGAUACCCUCCGCUCAGGUCACACUCAAAGACUUUAAAAUGGUGCUCAAUAAACAGAACAACAAUUACAAAUACUUCUUCAAGUCAAUGGACGCCGACUUUGGUGUGGUCAAAGAGGAAAUCGCCGACGAUGCCACAAUACUGCCUUGCUUCAAUGGACGCGUCGUCUCCUGGCUGGUCUCGGCCGAUGGCACCAACCAGUCCGAUAAUUGCUCCGAGCUGCCGCCCAGCGAAUGCGAGAUGCGUGUGCGUAGUCAUUUGGCACUGCAGCAACAACAACAACAACAGCAACAACAUCAGCAGCAGCAGCAACAACAACAACACCAACAGCAGCAGCAGCAACAACAACAACAGCAGCUACAGCAACAACAUAAGCUGGGACCCUUGCAAAUGCUGCAACCGCCGCCACUCACAUAUCAAUCGGCCUCGGUGCUGUCCAGCGAUCUGGACUCGACGAGCCUCUUUGGCACCGAAUCGGAGCUAACACUGGACCGGGAUAUGACCGACUAUAGCAGCGUGCAACGGCUGCAGGUGCGCAAGAAGCCGCAACGUCGCAAAAAGCGUGCGCCCAGCAUGUCGCGCACAUCCUCAUACAGCUCCAUAACGGACUCAACAAUGUCGCUGAACAUUAUAACCGUUUCGAUUAAUAUGGAGGCAGUUAAUUUUCUGGGCAUAUCGAUUGUCGGUCAGUCGAAUCGCGGCGGCGAUGGCGGCAUUUAUGUGGGCAGCAUCAUGAAGGGCGGCGCUGUCGCCUUGGAUGGACGCAUCGAGCCGGGUGACAUGAUAUUGCAGGUGAACGAUGUUAAUUUUGAGAAUAUGACCAAUGACGAGGCGGUGCGUGUAUUGCGUGAGGUGGUCCAGAAGCCGGGACCCAUUAAAUUGGUGGUGGCCAAAUGUUGGGAUCCAAAUCCGAAGGGUUAUUUUACCAUACCACGCACGGAGCCGGUGCGGCCGAUUGAUCCUGGCGCAUGGGUGGCGCACACACAGGCGCUGACAUCGCACGACAGUAUUAUGGCAGACAUACCGGAGCCAAUUAAGGAGCGGCUCGAUCAAAACAAUCUCGAGGAGAUUGUUAAGGCCAUGACAAAGCCGGACAGCGGCCUCGAGAUACGCGAUCGCAUGUGGCUAAAGAUAACCAUACCAAAUGCGUUCAUUGGCGCCGAUGCGGUCAAUUGGGUGCUGGAGAACGUUGAGGAUGUCCAGGAUCGGCGCGAGGCACGCCGCAUUGUCUCAGCGAUGCUGCGCAACAAUUACAUUAAGCACACGGUCAACAAGCUGACCUUCUCCGAGCAGUGCUACUAUGUUGUAAACGAGGAGCGCAAUCCCAAUAUGCGUGCCCAGUUGCAUCCGCUGGCGCAUGCACUGAGCCAUGCCGAUACGGAGAGCAUUACCAGCGAUAUUGGACCGCUGCCAAAUCCGCCGAUCUAUAUGCCAUACUCGGCCACGUACAAUCCAAGUCACGGCUAUCAGCCGAUACAGUACGGCAUUGCUGAGCGUCACAUCUCGUCCGGUUCGAGCAGCUCCGAUGUGCUCACCAGCAAGGAUAUAUCCGCAUCGCAAAGCGACAUCACCUCUGUCAUACAUCAGACCAAUCAGCUGACCAUUGCAGCGCAUGGCUCCAACAAAUCGUCGGGCUCAUCGAAUCGCGGCGGCGGCGGCGGCGGAGGAGGCGGUGGCGGUGGCAAUACCAACGAUCAGGACGUAUCCGUAUUUAAUUACGUAUUGUAGAAAUUUUUUGCAAUGAAAUUGUGUGUUUAUUAUUAAUUAAUUAAUUAA